GCCAUAGUCGCCAUUUACGCUCACCUACAAGCAUCCACAUUUCACAACUCCAACACCAGCCUCGAACAUUCCAGGAGGAAACAAAGCCCCCCAUCCGCGACCAUGGAUUUCGCAUCCCUCAUGUCCGCCGAGCUCGCCAAAGCCUCGCCCAAGCAACCCGCCGCCGACGACCCGUCCUCCAAAAAAUACAUCCGCCGCUCCGAAGCCGAGGCCCAGCGCGAGGCCGCCUACCGCGCGGAGCAGAAGGCGCUCGAGGAGAAGCGCGCCGCCAAGGCAGCCGAGAAGCGCAAGCGCGAAGAGGAGGCCGUAGAGGAAUCCCGGGCCCGCGAAGAAAAGCGACGAAAGCUCGAAGAAGAGACGCGGCGACGCCGCGAGGAGCAGGUGGCGGAGGAGGAACGGCAGCGCCGGAAGCGUCUCGGAUUGCCGGAGCUGUCGAAGCAGGAUAGUAACAGUACUGGCAAUAGCAGCCGCGAGGGCAGCGAGGCGGCCGCGGACGGCGAGGAAGACGUGCCGGACGCGGAGCUGGUGGCGCGGCUGCGCGAGCUGGGACACCCGGCGACGCUGUUCGGGGAGACGCACCGCGGACGCCUGCGGCGGUACCGCAAGCUGACGACGGUGGUGACUUCGGGCCCGAUCCCGACGACGCUGCGGCUCGUCGACGAGAAGGACAUGAAGAUCUCGGACGCGAUACCGCAGGACCGCGCCGGCCGCGCCUACCUGUUCCGCCAGCUGGCCUCGUACUUCACCAUGGUGCUGCGGGAGUGGGAGGUGGCGCUCGCGCGCGAGGAGGACAAAGGGGGCCGCGACACGUUCGCCGGCAAGGCCGCCGUCAACGCCAUGGUGUCGAGCCGCGAGAACAUGGUGCCGCUGUUCCGCAAGUUCGAGAAGGGCGAGCUGGACGACGAUGUCCUGAAACCCGUCGUCGAGAUCGUGAAGGCGGCCCAGGAGCGCCGCUACGUCGACGCCAACGACGGAUACCUGCGCCUGAGCAUCGGCAAGGCCGCGUGGCCGAUCGGAGUUACCAUGGUGGGUAUCCACGAGCGAAGCGCGCGCGAGAAGCUGCACGACGGCGAGAGGGGGCAUAUUAUGAGUGACGAGGUUACGAGGAAGUACUUACAAAGCAUAAAGAGAUGUCUCACUUUCGCGCAGGUGCGCUGGCCUCCCGAAGAUAUUAGACAGCUGAUGGGAUAGUCUGGGAGAAUAGAACUCAAUAUGUUCAUGAACUACCUGCCUACCUAGCAAUGGGUAUUCCGCGAAUUCCAUCCCCCCCCCCCCCAACAGAUAUCAAGGCAUUUAGUCAUAAGCUCGUACAGUCUUCCGUAAAGGUCCCAAUGCAAUGCCCGUGACUCCUUAUCCUAACUCCUAAGGACUACUCCACCUUUGUGGCUCCAUGCCUGUGUCGCCCAUGUCCAUCUUUCCUGUUUGCAAUUC